CCACUCUCCAUACCUUGUCCGCCAUCCCCAUCAGAUCUUACAACCAUUUAAGUUGCCCAAGAGGCUUGAGAAUUGAGAUGAUCCAAUCCUCUCCUCCAUUAUAGAAGUGUAAUCCUCUAGUCUCCUCAGUCUCCCAUUUCACCAAUAAUCUCUACAGUGAAGCAUAGCUAAGAAAAUGUCCAACACGAAAGCAUCAGCAUCAGCAGCCGCAGCAGCUGAAGAAGAAAAAUGGGGAUCGAAGAAACUUCUUCAGAUUCGAGAAAUCCCUGGCAGCUAUGGUCUCCCGUUCGUGGGACCCAUAGCAGAUCGUUUAGCUUACUUCUACACCCAAGGCCAAGACGAAUUCUUCACCUCCCGAAUGCAGAAACACCAGUCCACAGUCUUCAGAGCCAACAUGCCACCAGGUCCUUUCCUGGCCUCCGACUCUGGAGUCAUCGUCCUCCUCGACGCUAAGUCCUUCCCAGUCCUCUUCGACGUCUCCAAGGUCGAGAAAAAAAACGUCUUCGCCGGCACUUUCAUGCCCUCCACUUCUUACACAGGUGGUUACCGCAUUUGCUCCUAUCUCGAUCCCUCCGAACCCAAACACGCCCUUCUCAAACGUUUCAUCUUCUCUAUCCUCGCGUCUCGUCAUAAGAGAUUCAUUCCUGAGUUCAGCUCUUCACUCUCCAAUGACCUCUUCCCACUUCUCGAAGAUCAGAUUUCCAGAAAAGGCAAAGCCGACUUCAACACCACCAGUGAUUCCAUGUCUUUCAACUUCGUAUUUCGUUUGUUCUGUGAUAAGAAUCCAUCCGUUACCAAGAUCGGAUCGAAGGGACCCACACUUAUUGCCAAGUGGCUAGUCUUCCAGCUUGCUCCUCUAUUUACAUUGGGUUUGACCAAAAAAUUUCCAAACUUCUUAGAAGAUCUGCUCAUACACACUUUCCCCCUCCCUCCCUUCCUCGUCAAAUCUGACUACAAGAAGCUCUACGAUGCCUUCUACGAAUCCGCUACUCAGAUACUAGACGAAGCCGAAGUGAUGGGACUCAAGAGAGACGAAGCAUGUCACAAUCUCGUCUUCCUUUCUGGGUUCAAUACGUUUGGAGGAAUGAAGACUUUGUUCCCAUCUCUGUUUAAGUGGGUCGGCUUAGCAGGAGAAAAGCUACACCAGCAACUCGUCAGAGAGAUCAGAAAAGUUGUUAAAUUAGAAGGAGGGGUGGUGACUCUUUCGGCGAUAGAGAAGAUGGAGUUGACCAAAUCGGUGGUAUUCGAAGUGCUGAGGAUAGAUCCACCAGUGCAAUUCCAGUACGGGAAGGCGAAGGAAGAUAUGGUGAUAGAGAGCCAUGACGCAGCCUUUCGGGUCAAGGAAGGAGAGAUGAUAUUCGGGUAUCAACCAUUAGCGACUAAAGAUCCGAAGGUGUUCGAGAAUCCUGAAGAUUUUGUGGGAAGCAGGUUCGUUGGAGAGGGAGAGAAGCUGUUGAAGUACGUAUACUGGUCUAACGGCCGUGAGACCGAAAGUCCGACGGAGGAGAACAAGCAGUGCCCAGGGAAGGAUUUUGUAGUUCUUGUGUGCAGGCUCAUGCUCAUAGAGUUCUUCCUCCGUUACGAUACGUUUACUGUUGACGUGAAGAAGUCGGUGCUGGGGUCGGCGGUGACUGUGAAGUCGUUGACGCCGGCGAACAGUGGUAGUUAAAUUGAAAAAAGAGAAGGAAUUAAAGUGGUGUUUUGAAUCUUCCGACAUGGUAUUAUGUAGGGUGUCAAUCCGUCGGUCUGAACCGGUUUCGAUACAGUUUCAUUGGUUAUCGUAUGAGAAUGAGUGAAUCCAAAACAUGAAUCAAUAAGGGUGCAUCAAUUUCAUUUCCGUUUCGGUUCCUUAUUGGUUACUAUUGAUUUGAUUUUGGUUUCUUAUCGGUUUUGAUUUUAAUUUUACCAUGUAAUAUAUUUAAAUAAUUUAUGAAAAGAAAAAUUAUGAACUUUA